CUGUCUUGGAUUGGGAAUGGAAUUGUCAUCUCCAUCAUGUACAAACGAAGACUGGCCCUCGAACCCCAAGAUUAUCUUACAUUCAAUCUUGCUAUAUCAGAUGCCAGCAUUUCAAUUUUUGGGUACUCACGGGGCAUAAUUGAAAUAUUCAAUAUUUUCCAAGAUGAUCAAUUUCUCAUCACGUCUAUCUGGACUUGUGAAGUGGAUGGGAUUUUGACUCUGCUGUUUGGUUUGAGCAGUAUUAACACUUUGACAGCCAUCAGCAUCAUCAGAUACAUCAAAGGUUGCAAACCGCAUCAAGCUUACAGGGUUAACAAAUCUAAUAUUAUACUGGUCUUGUCUAUCGUGUGGCUGGCAGCUCUUUUCUGGUCUGCAAUGCCUCUUCUAGGAUGGGGCAGUUACACAGAUCGCUUGUAUGGCACGUGUGAGAUCGAUUGGAUGCAGGCAACUGUUUCUAUUGCCUACAAAUCUUAUGUUAUUGGCAUAUUUCUCUGCUGUUUCUUCUUCCCUGUUUCAGUCAUGAUUUUCUCAUAUGUGUCCAUAAUAAAAAUGAUUAGAUCCAGUCACAAAUGUGUCAGGAAAGGAGAGAUCAGUGAACACCAACGUCAUAUUGAACAAGAAGUGACACGGGUGUCUUUUGUCAUCUGUACAGCCUUUAUUAUGGCUUGGUCCCCCUAUGCAGUCAUUUCCAUGUGGUCAGCAUGUGGAUACAGUGCACCAGCCAUCACCAGUGUCCUCACCUGUGUCAUCGCUAAAUCUGCCAGCUUCUACAACCCCAUCAUUUACUUUGGCAUGAGCCCCAAGUUCCGCAAGGAGGUGCAGGCUCUCUUCCACUGCCUGAAAGAAAAGAGUGAUGCAGGCUUUGUGACACCUGUGAAACAGACCAAUGUGAGCAGGAAACCAGAGCUUAUAAAUCAGGCUGACAAGUACCAGGUAUCUAUUCCUAUAGCUAAGAUCCCAGACUGGAGUGCAGACUUGGACAACACUACACCCAUCACCACUGUGUCCUGUCACUUAGAAGAGAAACAGGUGCCAGGACGGGAAGGUGAAUCAGAACAUCUUUAA